CCCAGGAGUCUACUGAGUUCUGUGACUCUGUGGUCUGAAGCGGCAGUGUAGAUCAUGGAAACCGCUGCCUCCCGCGAGCCCAACACUAUGGAAGUGCUGCCCCAGCACAAGUUCAACUGCAGGUCUCUGGACGCCUACCUACACCAGCACUUGCCCGGCUUUGGGACCGAGCCCGAGGCCAAGCUGACGGUUGCCCAAUACAGAUCAGGACAGUCCAAUCCAACCUUUCAUCUCCAGAAAGGCUUUCAAGCAUAUGUACUCAGAAAAAAACCACCUGGUUUACUUCUUCCUAAAGCACAUAAGAUUGAUAGAGAAUUUAAAGUCCAGAAAGCCUUGUUUUCAGUUGGAUUUCCCGUUCCCAAACCUUUAUUGUACUGCAGUGAUCCGUCUGUCAUCGGAACAGAAUUUUAUUUGAUGGAACAUGUACAGGGCCGAAUCUUUCGUGAUUUGACAGUUCCUGGAGUUAGCCCAGCAGAACGUUCAGCCAUAUACGUGGCCAUGAUACAAACCUUGGCUCAGUUACAUUCCUUGAAUAUACAGUCAUUACAGCUGGAAGGAUAUGGUAGAGGUGUUGGGUAUUGCAAAAGACAGGUAUCAACCUGGACAAAGCAAUAUCAAGCUGCAGCUCAUCAGGACAUCCCUGCCAUGAACCAGCUAUCUGAUUGGCUAAUGAAAAACUUGCCAGAUAAUGACAAUGAAGAAAAUUUGAUUCAUGGAGAUUUCAGACUAGAUAACAUCGUUUUCCACCCUAAAGAGUCUCGAGUUAUAGCUGUGCUUGAUUGGGAGCUUUCAACCAUUGGUCAUCCUUUGUUAGACUUGGCUCAUCUCUCCAUGUUCUACUUUUGGCCAAGGACUGUUUCAUUGGGAAAUCAAAGCCAUCAUUUGCAAGAAAACAUAGGGAUACCAUCAAUGGAAGAACUGAUUUCAAUAUAUUGCCACUGCAGGGGAAUUAAUCCUAAUCUUCCUAACUGGAAUUUCUUUCUUGCCCUUUCAUAUUUUAAAAUGGCUGGAAUAGCACAGGGAAUUUAUAAUAGAUAUCUUCUGGGAAAUAAUGCAUCUGAAAAUAGCUUCCAGUAUGCCAAUGUUGUGCAACCUCUGGCAGAAAUUGGAUUGCGGCUCUCAAAAAGAUCUUUCAGCACUGCACUUCCACAGACUGAUACUACCCAUCAGUUGUUUGUACAGACUAGGACAGGUCAGGAAGUUCUUACUAGGGUGAAGCAGUUCAUGAAACAACAUAUCCUCCCAGUGGAAAAGGAGGUAAUUGAGUUCUAUGUUCAAAAUGAAAAUUCAGUGGACAAAUGGAAAAAACCUUUAGUAAUUGAUAAACUCAAGGAAAUGGCCAAAGCAGAAGGCCUCUGGAACUUGUUUUUGCCAGCUGUAAGCGGUCUCACCCAGGUGGACUAUGCCUUGAUUGCUGAAGAAACAGGAAAAUGCUUUUUUGCUCCAGAUAUCUUUAACUGCCAAGCACCAGACACAGGGAACAUGGAGGUGCUCCACCUAUAUGGAAGUGAGAAACAGAAGCAGCAGUGGCUAGAGCCUCUUCUUCAAGGGAGUAUUGCCUCCUGCUUCUGUAUGACAGAGCCCGAUGUAGCUUCAAGUGAUGCCACAAAUAUUGAAUGUAGCAUCCAGCGAGAUGGAGACAGCUAUAUAAUUAAUGGCAGGAAAUGGUGGAGCAGUGGAGCUGGGAAUCCAAAGUGCAAAAUUGCAAUUGUUAUGGGAAGAAUUAACAAUAACUCUGAAACCAGACACAAACAACACAGCAUGAUUCUUGUUCCCAUCAACACACCUGGAGUAGAAAUAAUAAGGCCCUUGACAGUUUUUGGCUACCUGGAUAAUUUCCAUGGAGGACAUUUUGAGAUCCAUUUCAAUCAAGUGCGAGUUCCUGCCACCAGUUUAAUACUAGGUGAAGGUAGGGGAUUUGAAAUUGCCCAAGGCCGGCUUGGACCUGGCAGAAUCCACCACUGUAUGAGAACAAUAGGUUUGGCUGAACGUGCUUUACAGAUCAUGUGUGAACGAGCAAACCAAAGGGUGGCCUUUAAGAAGAAGCUUUAUUCACAUGAGGUAGUAGCUCACUGGAUUGCUGAAAGCCGCAUUGCCAUUGAGGAGAUCCGCUUGUUGACUUUGAAAGCUGCUCACAGCAUUGAUACUCUGGGCAGCGCUGGUGCUAAGAAAGAGAUUGCGAUGAUUAAAGUGGCUGCCCCCCGUGCCGUCUGCAAAAUUAUUGACCGGGCCAUCCAAGUGUGUGGAGCUGCGGGUAUUUCCCAGGAUUACCCUCUGGCUAACAUGUAUGCCCUAACACGGACUUUGCGCAUAGCAGAUGGGCCUGACGAAGUCCACCUCUCAGCCGUUGCAAAAAUGGAGCUGAGGGACCAAGCCCAAAACUUGAGUGCCAAGAUAUAG